AUGUUAGAGCUCGAUGAUAAUCAUCCAAAAAUAAUGCUAAACUACCGUUUUGAAGAGCCUGAUUCAUUUCCUAAAGAAAUCGAUCUUCCAGGCUAUUCUCAAUAUGUAAAAAGAUCCCAUGACAAUUAUAAAUUUUCUGGGAAAUACUUUUCUCAUGGAACUCCAGUCCUUGAGGAAACAGAAAGAAAUGAUGACAUUGGUCUGUUAAACUCAGAUAAUUCCAGACCUGGUAAUAAUCUUCUGAUUUUCCAAAGAUCCUCUUUUAAAGUUCAGGAAUAUAAAGCGAGAAUAUAAUAUCCCAAUUCCAAACAAGAAUGACUGGCUUACUAAAGUUUGUUAGAGUUUCUGCAAAUAUUUAAGGAUCCAUGAAGUGAUAACAGCAGAAAUACUACACAGAUAUUUCUGAUUUUUCGUCCUGAAAUAUUUAAAGGUUAUUUACAAUUUUAUGACUGAAGAGAAGAAUUUGACUCUGACCUGAUAAGCAGAGGCACUUACAGAAGUGAUGUCAAAUACAUUUGCCCAAAAUUCACAGGUUUUCAGUACUCAGGCAAUGAGCUUAAUUCUAAGAGCCACUACUUAUCGAUUCUUUUUAUCAACCCUUGAAAAUCUGGAUGUGUGAGUCUGAGUACUAAAGAAUGGGAGGAAAUGUUCAAAACCAGUCGCUUAAAUGUGUUUGUGAAGAAUAAAUAUGUGGAUCUUAAUGACAUUGACAACCCCUUUAAAUCCAGAACAACAAACUAUAAGUUCUAUAAUACCUCAGAAGGAGGAUUGGUAGCAUAUUUUAACUUGAUAAAACACGAAGUAAUCUUAGAAGACUCAUAUUGGCCGACCUGGAGAAUAUGGACAGAACCUAACCCAAUUGUGUUCUAUACAUUGGAACUACACCAAGAGUCAGCUUUGCAUAGAAAAGAAUUCAAAAUUGUGGUAGAAAUGGGAGACGAAGUCAGACAAUAUAGGAGGAAAUUCCUCUCCUUUCUAGAAGUUACAGGAACCAUUGGAGGUAUCUUCGAACUCGUUGAGAUCAUAUUUGGCUUUGCCAUUGGGAUCUAUUCUUCAUACAUGUUCAAGCGAGACCUUACGAAGUACCUCAACCAAGCUAGUCAUGAUGUGGAGCAGAUUAAGGGAGUGCUUCACGAAGGUAAUAAUGAACAAUCAAAUACAAAGAAGGAGCCUAAUCAAGCUGAUCAAGAUGAAGAAUUAAAAGAUUUUCAAGAUCAAGUACUCAGAUUUGAUGAAGAGUCUAAACUUUAUGAAAGCUCCAAUAAAAUAAUUCUCCAACAGGUUUCUCCUCAAAACAAAAAUUCUUGUAAAUAACAAUGAUGAAAUGAAACAAAAAGAACCUUCAGUCUCCAAACAUAAAUCCAUCCUCGAGAAACUAAUGCCUUUUGAAUCUGAAAAAUUUCUUGAUUACGAUUCAUUCAAAAACAACCUCGACUGAGUUCAAAUUAUCAAAGACAUCAAAGUGCUACAACAAAAAGUGGCGUUUCUCAUCGAAACGAGUCCAGUCUUGAAUGAUCAAGCCACACUCACUCAUGCUAAAAAGACACAGAAAUAACUCUGAAGCCAAUAGGGCAGGAGUCAGCAACAAAGGGGGCGCCAAUAUAAACAAGAAUUAUACAAUGGCCACGAAAACUCAAGGGAGAGAUCCAAAGAGAAGUCGAGUGUUUCCAUUCCCAGACUCAAAAACUUGUUCUUCCAAAUAGCAUUUGUAAGCCUCGACUGUUUAAAAGUCCGAGCAAGUUCAAAAGCAGAAUUCUAAACUACAAAGCAGAAGACAGCCAAGAAGAAGAACCUAAAUCUGAUUCCAUAGAUGCAUCCAAAAGCUUUGAUUACCUUUAAGAAUAUUAAUAACACUCGAAGUGUGUUAAUUUACUUUAUCC